AUGUCCACCCGAAAAGGUAAUGUGCAUGUGACAGACGCGUCCUGUCAGGUUUCGUCACCACCAGUGAUAAAUGAUGCUCCCACAAGCAGUUUGAUAAAAACAAGCCAAAAGGAGACUUCGACAGCAACAGUAAGAACGUCAUCUAGCAAGAGGAUUCCUUCAAACUCACCGAAUGUUCCAACUCCGGUUUUGGAUCGAACGGGAAGUGUAAAUAAUCAUUCGCACAGCCCCCCUUUCCGGGAUCUAUCCUAUACGCAGUUUUCUUGUUCACAGAGUCAACAUACUCAGCAGGGACAUCCUCACACUGAACUUGUGUCGCUGAAUAACUUUGAACAAGUACCAAGAAUCAAAGAUGUGUUCAACAGUCCCAGAAGCUUAAAGGCAUGUCAGAUUGAAGGCGUAAAUCCUACUGAACUGUUACCGCGUGAAACAAACGAUUUCAUGGGACCAGGUGUGCCAGAAAACAUUGCACGGAUACGGCAGAUGGCCUACGAGAAUCGACGGAAAGUUACAUUGGAACGUGCUCGACGGACACGCGAAAAAAUUGUCACCGAAGAACAGGAAAAUGAAGUGAAGACAGAUGGGAAUACAAAAAGCGAAGAUGCAAAGGGAGAUCAGGGAGAGAAAGAGGAACAAAAACAAAUGAACGCGGCUAACUCUCCUCGCACCACACCCGCACGCAAUUCAACUACAUACGGACGAGGCUCUCGCAGCAGCAGCCUCCCAUGGAGGACCAGUCCAUCGCGAAGCCGUCACACUUCCAUCGGCAGGUUCACGAGAGACAAGUCAUACGGCCGAAGUACAUCCGUCGGGGCUAUGAUGAUCUACAGUCGCCUCAUCAGCAGCAAUCGUGAACCCACAGAGACGGAGAUUCGCAUGCUGGAGCGCAUUGAUGAGCGUGAGUUCCGGACCUCGGAGGCGAGACGGCGUAUGGUACAUGAUGAUAGAGAACGGGAGCAAAAAAUUAUUAAGCAAGAGCUUAAAAAAUCGUUGCAGGCUGUGCAUCAUCUUGUGGAAAAGGAAAGCAAAAGAAACAAGGAUAUAUAUCUUCGUCGACUACAAUGGGAAGAGCGACUCAGCGCAGCCCGGGAACGACAGAAACGCGACGAAAUUGAACGACGAAUGAAAGUUGAAGCACGUGUAACACACACAAACCUAUCUCAAGCAGACGAUCGGUUUCGUCAGUUUCUUGCAAGGCGAUGUGAAUCUGUACCGUAA